CCCUCUACUUGAGGCGCCCCGCCCCUGCACACGAACGCACAGCGCGGACGCCGAGAGCGAUUGAAGAAGCGGACUGGGAGGUGGGAGGCAGAGCCACUCAGUGGGGUGCCGGCAGGUGGGGGUCUGGUGCCAGCGACCGACAGGUGGUGGUACUGCGCUGGUCGCCGGAGGGGGAGGUGGUGCCUUCUGGGGGCGAGUCGGCUGCGGCUGCGGCGCACUGCCAGAUCUGCAGCUCCGCCGGCGGCGGGCCGCCAUUCCCGAGGCUCCGCAUUGGAUCAGGAUCUAGGGAUCGGCAAGUGAGCUUGUCAGGUUUCAGAACGGCUCCCAGCUGUAGGGGGGAUAUUGCCGUCUUCACCUUCUUUAUGUUGUCACUUUCUGGAGCCAUCUAGCUAGUGCGCAAGAUGUCCUUCAUUGCCUGAUGAUCACUGCGGUGUCUCUCUCGCACUCGUCUGCUGAAUUUGACGAGCGCAAAAGAAAACAAGAGAGGAGCAAGAAAGGCCUCAUUGUGGCAGCUACCUCUAGUGCAUUGACCUCAAUUCCUUUGUCGUUGUCCACCAUGUCUCGCAAUGUGGAGAGCCCAGUGCAGACCCAGAUGGCAGUUUCAGCCUUGGACCGAGCUCUUAGCAGUGAGUAUCCUACCAAAAGUAGAAGUGAGACCAGGGCUGGUGGAUGGAAACGUCUUUUUGUCCAAACUGACACUGGUUGUGUUCUGGCUGUUAAACUAGAUCGUGGUGACAAUGUACACACGGUCAAAAGAAAGUUGCAGGUGGCCCUCAAUUUUCCCACUGAGGAGAGUUCUCUGACAUUAGGUGAUCGUGUCCUAAAGAAUGAUCUCAGCACCAUCAGAAACGAUUCCCCGUUACUUCUCACCAAGACUUUCAUGCAUCGGAGUUCCUCCACACCAUGCAUGUCCCCUACAGGCAAGGAUCUCCAUCAGCAAAGAGAUAGGGGCAGUCCAAUUGAACUGUUAGUAUGUCCGAGCCGCUGCUCUCGAACAAGGCAGCUCGUGAAGGAUGUUGCUAGGGCUAUAAGAAACGGUGUGGAUCCAAUACCUGUCAAUGGUGGGCUUGGAGGUGCCUACUAUUUCAGAAACAGCAAAGGUGAGAAUGCUGCCAUUGUGAAGCCAAAUGACGAGGAGCCAUUUGCACCCAACAAUCCAAAAGGUUUUACAGGGAAAGCCCUUGGGCAGCCAGGCCUCAAAAGAUCAGUUCGAGUUGGUGAGACUGGUUUCAGAGAGGUUGCUGCCUACCUUCUGGACUAUGAUAACUCUGCUAAUGUCCCUCCGACAGUUCUUGUUAAGAUUUCUCAUCCUGUAUUUCAUAUGAAUGAAGACGUCAACUGUGCUAACAAGAAUGCUGCUGAGGGUGGCACACAAGCUGUUAGCAAGAUUGCAUCAUUCCAGCAGUUCAUUCCUCAUGAUUUUGAUGCCAGUGACCACGGCACUUCAAGCUUUCCUGUUUCUGCUGUUCAUAGGAUUGGUAUUCUUGACAUCAGGAUCUUUAACACUGAUAGACAUGCUGGAAAUCUUCUGGUAAGGAAGCAGACUGGAGCAGGAAAUUUUGGGAAUCAGACUGAACUUAUCCCUAUUGAUCAUGGUCUCUGCCUUCCGGAGUGCUUGGAGGAUCCUUAUUUUGAAUGGAUCCACUGGCCACAGGCAUCAAUCCCGUUCUCAGAUGAUGAGCUUGAGUACAUAGCAAAUCUUGACCCAAUGAAAGAUGCUGACAUGCUUCGUAUGGAGUUGCCUAUGAUCCGUGAAGCAUGCCUCAGAGUACUAAUACUCUCAACCAUAUUUCUGAAAGAAGCCACAGCAUUUGGUCUCUGCCUUGCAGAGAUAGGGGAGAUGAUGAGCAGGGAAUUUACUGGAAUGGAAGAUCAGCCAAGUGAGCUAGAGUUUGUCUGCAUGGAGGCAAGGAGGCUAGCAACAGAACGAGAAGACUGUUCCACAGAACAUGACUCUGGCGACGAGGAUUUAACUCAAUUUGAACUGGAUAGUGAAGAUCACGAUAUGCCAAAAGAACUAUCUGCCCACCAUUUUGAAUUUAAGGGGCGAAACUCCAGAAACCCACUGUCUGAAUUGGAUGAGGGCAAUGAAGAAGAAGAGGAAUAUGACAUUGAAGAGGAGGUAGAAAGCAAUGCAGGAAAGUUAGCUUGCCCUAAGCCUGUCAAUAAGUGGCUUGCUAACAUUUUGAAGCUGUCAACCUCACUGAAGGGUGUUACUCUAACUGACAAAACCCAGCGUAGGCUGUCUGCUGUUCCCAAGGGUGCGGAUUCUGCAAAAACUUCUGAGUGCAACAGCAACCGACCUGUCUCUCAAGUUGGCAACUGGGGGAGUGCAAACGAUACGCUCCCAACAAGUGCGAGUUUCGUCAAGCUGGCUGACAUGGGACCAGAGACAUGGGGGCUUUUCCUUGAGAAGUUCCAGGAGCUGCUGCCUGAGGCAUUCCGCUCAUGCAAGUGCCGCGCCACAGCGCAAAGGGCAAAGCAGAGGCUGGGCACUUCUUGCCAGUUUUGAGUUAGUGCAGGAGUAGGGAGCUGAGCAUCCUUUUCGGCUGCUGCUGUUUGCUGUGGCUUUCUUGCAGGUGUUAAGCUAUGAAGUUCUAGAAUAAAGCCAUCCUUUACAGGAUUGCAAUAGAAUUUUAGUAAUUGAGCGCCUGUACCAGAGGUCCAUGCCAAGAUGAUGGCCUUGCUCUGUACAUAGUUUUUUUUCUCUUUUCUUUUCCUUUUCUAGCUAGACUGCUAGACAUGAGUUGCUUGAUGGAACUUGGGAUUGUGAUGUCUGCCCAGUUCUUGGCCCAGCUCCACCACUCAUGAUAUGCAUUCAAAAGUUUCAUUCAGAUAAACUUUUCAACAGAAGCUUCUGAUAUGGUAAUUGAACAUUGUUCAGAUCUCA